CAUACACUACGCCACAACUUGUGCUUCCGACAGCAUGUACUCCAACCUCCGUUUCCUUACUCACUGCCCAGUCCUCAAUUCAAUGCUUUUUGCCUAACCGGUCGCACCAGCCGCUGAUCAAUGCAACAAAGAAGACAUCCCACGUCGACGACAAUGCGACAGCCGGCCCAGCAGAGCCUCGUGCUCACUGUGCCUCUUCGACGCCCAACUGCGGAGGCUGGCCCGCUGCGGACGGGUCUUUCGGGUCUCAAACAUCGUUGCGAGUCUCGGUACAGAGUAGAGCUCCACAACAAAAAUGGACCUAGCAGCAGAAUAGUCGUGGUCGGAGAAAAACGUCGAUCUUCUCACUUCGGUUCAAAGGUGAAAGAAUGUCCUCCAUUUCUGCCCAACGACGGUGCAGAUCGUCACAACACGACCCCAUACUGCCGGAGCAAAGAGUUCGGUGUGGCAGGGCGCCAUCACUCUCUCAGGAAAUGCCCCGGCGAUGUGAUGGCAUCUCAAUCCGGGGCGCACCCUGAAUGUCGUUCGGUCGCAAGAUCGACGUUCAGUCAUGUGGAAGAACACACCCUCACCAUCAAGGAGCUCAACCUCAUUCCGUCACAGUUUCAUCCCAUCCUGGUCUGGCAUCAUAUUCAUGCAUUGUUAUCGCUUCGAGUACAAAUUCUCCACACGGGUGCCGCUUACACUCUAGUCUGGUCGUUCUCCAUACACCGCCCUCCCCGAAACCUCGAGUAGUGCAUCAUAACAGCCAUCGGAGUCAGUCACGAUAUCUCGGUUUGCAUUACGGUCGUAGGAGCCCCGUCGACAACGUUUGGCAGAAGUCUCUUUCUUCGCCUCCAGGUCCUAUGUUCGUCUCUACAAUGCGCACCACAACCCGGUCUAUCUUCAUGUGAGUUCACCGCGAGCCGAGCAUCGGUGCCCGACUACAGUGGCUCCGAUGAUCCUCACCGCUGUGGGACGAUUGUUGCCCAGCAUGCGCUACAAACU